AUGGAGCUACCAGAAAAUGAUACAGAACAUUGGAAAGCCAAGUUUAUAGACGGCUUUCCCUCUUUAUUUGGUGAAAGAGUUAAAAAAAACUCUAAGGAAUCCGCGAAGAGCUAUUCCUUACAACACUUUUACUUAUGGCAGCUUAAGAUUGAUAAGCUUAGAGAAAGAUCUCAAUUAGGAGAUUUCUGCACUCAAUUUGGUUUACCAGAUUCAGGUAAAGUUAAGCAGACCAAACAUAGAGAUUCUAGCGAUUCCACUCCUAAUAAAUAUUAUAGGAGAAAAAGGUCUAGACGAAGAUCUAGGGAAGAACGGGAAGAGCGAAAAACUCGUCGUAAAUCUGAUAGAUUUACAAAAAAUAGGUCUAGGCGAGAACUCGCUAAGAUCAAGUGCUACAAGUGUGAUAAAUUUGGACAUAUAACACCCAAUUGUAAGCUUGAAAAGAUGAAGUCUUUGGAACUGGAUGAAGAGGUUCAUGAUAAGAUUUAUAGUUUCUUAUAUACCUCUAGUUCUGAGUCCGAUUAUGAUUCUGAUUCCGGCUCAGAAGAAGACAUAGAUUUGCCUGAGUCUUCUGAUAAUAAGCAGUCUGUUACUAUGAAUGCUUGCAGGUGCCACGGUGAUAUUUGCUCGUGUGAAAUGAUGAAUUUUAUAAAUUGCAAUCUCAAUUUGAAGAUUUGA